AUGUCGAAAUCGUGGGUUUUUUGUUCGGAGCCUCCGCGUUAAUGGCGAUUGCCGGUGUUCGUUUUUGUGGCCGUUUGCAUUUUUAAGUGUAUUAAUCUUAUUAUUUUAGUCGUUUAAAUGAUCAUCAAAAUGAAUCCAGAAGCUACCGCACUUGCCCAAAUUCUUCAGAAGACUGUCUCAUCCGAUAAAAAUGAGUUGGAAGCUGCGCAAAACUUCAUCGAUCAGGCAGCGCAGACUAAUAUUGUGGAGUUUAUGAGAACAUUAUCAGACAUCCUACAUCAUGCUGGUAAUAAUGCUGUCGUCCGAACUGCAGCUGGUUUACAGCUCAAAAAUAACCUUACAUCCAAAGACCCUGCUGUCAAAUUCAGAUUCCAACAAAGGUGGCUAGCCUUUCCUGAUGAAAUCCGGGCAUACAUAAAGAAUAAUAUUUUAACUGCGCUUGGAACUGAAAAUUCCCGCCCUAGCUCCGCAGCACAAUGUGUUGCAUAUGUAGCAGUCGUAGAACUUCCUCAAGGAAAAUGGCCGGAACUUAUUCAAAUUUUAGUGAACAAUGUCCUUGACCCCAAUUCAACAGAAAUGGUCCGUGAAGCUACCCUGGAAACAAUUGGUUACAUUUGUCAAGAUAUUGAUCAUGAAAUUUUAACUUCACAAUCAAAUCACAUCCUGACAGCCAUAGUUCACGGUAUGAGAAACACAGAAGCCAGCAAUCAUGUCAGGCUUGCUGCCACAACUGCCCUGUUGAACUCCUUAGAAUUCACUCGCGCCAACUUUGACAAAGAGUCUGAAAGAAAUUACAUUAUGGAAGUGGUCUGUGAGGCAACACAGUCUCCCGAUACCCAAGUUCGAGUGGCAGCUUUACAGUGCCUGGUGAAAAUUAUGUCUUUGUACUAUCAAUAUAUGGAACCGUACAUGGGGCAAGCUUUAUUCCCGAUUACAUUGGAAGCAAUGAAAUCGGAAACGGACGAAGUAGCGUUGCAAGGCAUUGAAUUCUGGUCCAAUGUAAGUGAUGAAGAAGUAGAUCUAGCCAUAGAAGAAAACGAUGCAUUGGAGGCUGGCAGGCCACCACAGAGGACAUCAAGGUUCUACGCCAAAGGAGCUCUGCAAUUCCUUAUUCCAGUCCUAUUGACUAAACUCACUAAACAAGAAGAGAUAGAUGAUGAAGAUGACUGGAAUCCUUGUAAAUCUGCUGGAGUGUGUUUAAUGUUAUUGGCAACUUGUUGCGGAGACGAUGUGGUUCCUCAUGUACUACCUUUUGUUAAAGAUAAUAUUAAAAAUAACAGCUGGCGUUACAGGGAAGCUGCCAUUUUAGCUUUUGGAUCAAUCCUCGGUGGAUUGAGCGCUGAAUCAUUGAAGCCAUUAGUUGAAAUGGUGAUGCCUGUUCUCAUUGAGCGCAUGUACGAUAACAGUAUCCCUGUUCGUGACACAACAGCGUGGACCAUCGGUAGAAUCUGUGACAUCAUUCCAGAUGUGGCGAUCAGUGAAGAUUAUCUCAAGCCGCUGCUGAAAGCUCUUGUCAGUGGCUUGGAGGCAGAAGCCCGCGUUGCCGCUAAUGUCUGUUGGGCGUUCACAGGCCUUGCUGAAGCCAGUUACGAAGCGGCCACCGCCAAUCUGCCGGAGGGCGAAACCCCGGAUACGUACUGUUUGUCUCAGUUCUUCAACUUUAUUGUUGAGCAGCUGCUGGCUACCACAGAUAGAUCAGACGGAUCACAGUCAAAUCUACGUUCAGCAGCAUACGAAGCUUUAAUGGAAAUGAUCAAGAGCUCGCCAAAAGACUGUUAUGCAACUGUUCAGCGCACUAUGAUAAUCUUCUUAGAACGUCUCAACACGGUCCUCCAAAUGAGUAUCCAAAACAAACAGAACAAGGCUCAAUACAAUGAUCUGGAGUCCUUACUUUGUGCAUCUUUGCAGGCCACUUUGAGGAAAAUGACUGCUGAAGAUGUACCCCAGAUUAGCGAUUCUGUCAUGACCACAUUGUUGCAAAUAUUCUCAACGAGUACUCACGAGUCUGGCGGAGUUCAACAAGAUGCUUUGAUGGCAGUGUCAACAUUGGUAGAGAUGCUUGGAGAAGGCUUCUUGAAGUAUAUGGAUGCAUUCAAACCGUACUUAUGUCUAGGAUUGAAGAACCAUGCUGAACAUGAAGUUUGUGGUGCUGCUGUUGGGCUGGUUAGUGACAUCUGCCGAGCACUGAAGAUCAAAAUUCUGCCGUAUUGUGAUGAAAUGAUGACUCUUCUAUUAGAAAAUUUAAGUGAUACGACUGUUGAUCGAUCAAUAAAGCCACAAAUUUUAGCCGUAUUUGGAGACAUUGCCAUCGGUAUUGGUCCGCACUUCAGGAAAUAUUUAGAUGUUGUCCUUCAAACAUUAAUCCAUGCGACACAAGUAGAAGUAGAUAGGAAUAACUAUGACAUGUUAGAAUAUCUGAAUGAACUCAGAGAAAAUGUCCUAGAAACUUACACUGGUAUCAUUCAAGGCUUGAAAGGAGAAUCCACAGGCCCUUACGAAGAAAACGCGGACUUAGUUGCACUCGAAGCCCACGUUCCUUACAUAGCCUCUUUCAUUACUAUGGUAGCGCAAGAUCAAGAGCGCUCUGACUCAAAUACCUCAGCAGCCGCAGGUCUCAUUGGAGACUUGUGUUCAACAUUCGGCCCUAAAGUUUUACCUUUACUAGAUGUAGAACCCAUCAAUGAAAUGUUGGCACAAGGUCGUAAGUCCCAGCGCAAGACUAAAACCAUGGCCGCCUGGGCUACGAAACAACUGAAAACCCUCAAAACGCAAGUUAACAGCAGCUGAUGGGAGCCAGCGUACCAUUCCACGCGUUCAUUAAUCAACACCCCUGUAUAAUUGAAAACUGGGCACAGUGCGCGAUGUGGGAGAUGCGACAUGUAGCAGAUGGGUGAGCGUGUUGUGUCAGGUACGAACGAAAGUGUGUGAUGAAGAAAUUUCUCUGUGACGUGUGCUCCUGUGAUUUAAGUUUAGUGAGAAUUUUCACGUACUGUACUGAGUCUGUGACGAGUUGUGUAUAUUUGUUGCGACCUACGUAUCAUAGUAUUGUGUUGCGGCGUCGAUCAACGCUUAGCCUACUCUUUAAUCUUUUAGUUUUCGCCUUCAACACGCCCUGUUACUGUUUGGUUACCAAUUUACGUUAAAUUAUCAAAUUUUGUUGAUUUGUUAGUAGUUCCUGCUUGAAAGGAAAACAAAUCGCUCAACUUGGAACUCAGCACUGAGAGGCGUUCUCGAAACUGCUGUAGGUUUAAUUUUACACUUAUCCUCAAAGCAGAUUUGCAUUGUAUGAGAGAAGUAACCAGCGAGAAGCUGUGCAAAUAGAUAACAUAGCUCUACUCUUAUUCAACAAUUUUUGAAUAUUUUGAACGCAUUAGAAGUCUUGUAACCUUCUCCUGUGUCUGAUUUUUCUCAAAUUGAACAUGGUAUUAUCAUCCGGUCUUUUAUCUAAAAACUCCCAUUUUUAUCAGAAUAACUAAUAUUAAAUUGCAUUCCCUCCUUUUGGUUUAAUGUUUUAUUUUACUUGUCCGUUUGAAUUUAACUAAAAAUUUGCUCCUGGGUGCUGAAGUGUUAGCACUCUAAUAAAAUUUCUCUCCCACCGUGUAUUCUAGUGGAAAAAAACUGAUGAAUUCAAUUCCAAAAUUAUUUCUCAUUUACUGUCAUGAGUUCCAUAGUAAUUUGUCUGAUCAAUUCUUCUUAUCAGUUAGAUGUGAAUUCAUCAGAUGGACUGUCACCUGUUAUUAAGCUUUCAUUAGAUUCUCAGCCCCUUUGUUUCCUAGUCUGUCCGGUAAUGUUUUAGUUGUCAACUUUCUCUGUUAAAUAUUGACUUUUAGGCUUGUCCUAAAAGGCGCAAAUGUUCUUUUCAAUUUCCUUUCUCAUGCCCCUGUUCCAAGAAUUUGCCUAACUUGUUAAAUUGGCAAGUUUCUAUUGAACUGCAAGAAACCGUACUCAGGCAUCUGUGUUUUAUAGACAAACCUAACUCUCAGUUCUAUAACCUAUAAACCAAAAUUUUUUCUCUUAGGGUCAUCUUGAAAUUUUGUCUUUUUUAUUCGAUUUCUUACAACAAAGGGGUUGUAAAAAAAAUUCGCUAUAUCAGCUCCUGCUUGUUUCACUAUUAAGCUUAUUUCUUUGGAAUCUCAGCUUCACUGUCUCUUGUUCACUAGUUAACGUUACUAUUAAUUUUUCAGUUUUCUCCAAGAAAAUAAACCUAACUACCGGUGACCAAAAUCAAUUUUUUGUCAAUCAUAGAUUAAUGUUCUAUUUUUUUUAAAGUAACAUGGUAAUUUGAGCGAAAGCUUUUUCUUUCCGCUUAUCUUUCUCGUAAUUUCAAGCAGCAAAUAUAUAAGACGCGCUUGACCUCAGUCAUUUAAGCUGAAUGUAUGUCUCUGUGAUGCUAGUGUGUAUGAAGCCUUCUCUGUAUAAGUUUUAUCUAGGACUUAAUUCUUUCGUUUUUUUUUUUCUACUUUUGUAUGUAUGAAUGACUGUUCCUCAUGAAUUAGUUUGUCUGUUCCCUAAAACUGAAAAAGAAAUCUUUAUUAUUCAAAGUAGAACCCGGCGUUGUUAUUGAACCUGUCCUCAACAUCCCUUCUUUUUACAUUGGUUCAAAGAAAAGGUUCAGUUUUUACUGCCCUGAAAGUAUCAAACCUAACCUAAAAUUAGUAAUACUACCAAUGACUUAAAUGUUAAAGUAAAAGAUGAAACUAAUUAUCAGUGAACUUCUAAAAUUUACUGCACUAGUAACUUUUUUUUAAAUCAGCUAUUUUACAAUUUUUUUCCCCUCUUUGUAAGUCCAGUUUUCAGUACAUAUAAAAGUGUUAGUAAAUGGUCAGGUGGAUGAAGAUCAAAACUCAGUUGCCUCUCCAUCAGUUUUUAUGUAUCUUUGCAACAGAGGUCCAACUUCUAAUACAUUUCUUGUGUGAAUAGGCUUCUUUAGUGUGAAUACAUCCAAUGAACCUUGAUCUAAAGAGCUCCAACAGUUUUUUCCCCCUAUUUUUCUGAUAAAUGUUGUUUUGUGAGCUGUCGAUCGAGUUCCAAUAACUGACCCUCCAAAAGGAAUGACAAUAUUUUUUCUUGAAAGAAUUGAUGAAGGCUUUUCACCAUGUUCAGAAGGUCCAAUGAAUGAAAUAUUGAUCCAGCGCCAAAUCUGAAUGCAAGAAGUUGAGUCGUUUUCAGAAUUUUGAGUGAAGUGAAUUAUGUAUGUCAAGAAUUGAUGGGAACGAACGACAGUGUGUUCAUUAUUUCUCACUUUUCUACUUCUUCCAUGAAUUAAUUUCCAACUCUAGCUACAUAUAUCUUUACUUGAGCUUGAUUUAUGUAUGUUUUUUUUAGUAACCUGGAAGAGUCAGGGAUUUUUGCCUCAAAAUCAGUUGAUACCGUGCACUCAGUUUCUUUGAUUCUUGUCUCACUAUUCCUAAUGAUACUUAAUUAAAAUUUCCCAUUUAACUCUCAAAAUACUCCAAAUUUAAUAUCAAACCUCGAGUUUUGAUAUUAAGAUAUUGAACCGUUUUGAUAAAGGUAUUAAAAAGGUAUCACUCAAGAGUGUCUUUCAAAGACCUCUGCUCAAAAGCCUAGCGCAUUCAGCAUUCCUAAGGACCCAGGCUUUGAUUACUAUUUCCAUCGAUGGCUAAAUAUCAAAGUCUUGUAACCAAAUCGCUACAUUUCAUAAUUUCCAGCUUUACUUUACCAGCUUUAUUAGAAGGGAAAUAACACCAUGGCUUGCGAUUUACUGCACCAUUCUUUGGUCAAUUUGUAAGAUUUUGAAGACAUAAUUUCAAUUUGCUUCACUUCUAACAGGUGAAAUUUGCCUGGAAGUUUGGAGGUGUUGUCAGGAAGAUACAUGGCUUUAAAAUGAGAACAUUCAAACUGUGAACAACACUCUUUUUUCAAAUACUAGCGGCCGGCAGGUAUUGUGACAGAAUGAAGCUAUGUUUGCUAAUCAGAGCUCACAUCAGAACACACUCAAAUACCUGCAGGUUGCUGAUGUUUGAAGGAAAAAAGUCAGAUAUCAAAGACUUGAUGGUUCGAUUUAAUCAAGUGACACCAGGUUAUGUGUGUUUUCAACUCAAGCCAUCAAAAUUUGAUGAGAGCUCAUCACAGAUUAGUUGGCGGCUGGUAGAUCGUGACCAAAGAUCUACUGUCUUCAUUGUACCAUUGCACUUGAAUUCAACAAUCAAUAUGGAGCAUCCUUCGCCUUGCUCUUAAAGUAAACUAAUGCAUCCAACAAGGACUAUUUCUCAAGGAACUGUAAUUGCAACUAAAAAUAUAACCUCUUUAUCAGCUACGAUUGAAAGAAAAUUUUAUGUUCUUUAAAUUAUUCUUAGUAAAUAGAGGAGUAGGAGGAAGUAAGUAGGCAUUCAGUGGGCAUCGCACAUUUUUUCAUCCAAUCUCAUCUUCAUGUAAGGUCUAGAGUUUCCAGCAGUUUAUAAAUUCAAGAAAUGUACGGUGACCUCGAGAAAUCUGGGGAAUCUACUGGCAAAUUCAGGGAAUUUUUUGAGUGGCUCGUUAGCUCAGAAAUUUCAGGUGGUGCCGUACAAGAGAAAGCAAAUUGUAAUUCCAGAGUGCCCUUUUCUUUAAGUCCAUAACUUGAAUCCCUGUAAGUAGAAAUUCUGUCCAAAUUUUAGCAAAAUUCAGUAUCAUCAAUAGAAAAAAAAUUUAACAGAAGUUUAGUUUGAAGACCAGAGAAUUAGAAAAUUUUUGAUUCUGAGGAAAAGUGAACUAAGUCAGGGAAUUGAAAAAUGAAGAAAUUACGGAAAGCCUGAUAAUAGCUCUUAUUUUGAAGAUGGUGAUCUUAUGCAAGGCUGACAGAGGCUGUGGUUUUAUUUCUUUAUCAAGCACAAUAUGCUCGAUUCUCGGGUAUUAUUAACAAUUUCAGCAACUCCUUCACCUAUCAAUUACUUGCCUGACAUAGCAUUAUUCAUAGUGCAGGAGAUUUUAUACAAUUACAUUUUUACAUAUUUUCAAUGGAUAAAUUGAAAAUGACCGCUUCCUUAUUACUAAUCUUAUUUGAAAGUCUCUUGGAUUUCACUGAUGAAGUGGACUUAGUCGUUGGCCUCCUUCUCCUCCCCCCCCCCUCUCCAUGCACAUUAUAGGGUGGAAGAAAAUAAUAUGUAAAUUGUUCUCACAUUUGAGAAUGUUAGAAAAAAACUUGGAACGUUUCCUCUUGACUCAGUUGCAUCAGUCAGUAGUCAAUUCUGCAUUCUGAGGACGAAAGUGGUCCGCUUAAAUCAAUGCAGAAAAUUCUGCUCGUUUUAUUUUCAUAUUUCUCCCUUCUUUUUUUUUCUAUUUAAAUCAUUUGAUGUAUCACAACCAUGUACUCUUCUUAGGUUCAUAAUGAAUCAAUUCUCUAAACACCCCGAUUGAUCACAAGAUUGUCAAUGAUGCCAUACCAACAAAGCCAUUUUGUCAGCCUACGUUUGAAUUCUAGUCUAACUUAGCAUUGUGAGUUACAGGACCAAUUAUUGAAAAAUUCAAAUAAAUAAUUUUUCAGAAUAAAACGCUAUCAAGCACACCAAAGAACAUGAAAUUUAUUUGCAGCAAAAAGCUUACGUGCAUUUAAAUUGGAGAUUUCGAAAUGUUGCAAAGGUGAUAAGUACUCAUUUUUUGACUUUACCCAUCAACACACUCUAAUUUUUUGCAUCAACUCAAAAAUUUGAAUUUUUCGUUUUUUGAAAUUCUUUUAAUUUUAGUUUUGCCCCUUUCAAUUUUUUUUUUACUAUCAAAUUGUGGAGUUCCUAUUGAUUAACUGUGAGUAUGAUUUUGAAAUCUCUUUAUUUUUUAAAAUAGUCAAAAUGUAGUUCGUAUGUAGUGAUUGCUAGAUUCUCACCAUGUCCAAAUUCUUGUUUAUUUUCUUCCAUUUUCUGAUAGUUUUGAAAUUGUUCAAGGAAAAACUGAACCAGCUAUCUUGUAAACAGAAGCACUCUCUCUCAAAAAUUUUAGAAUUGCUCGAACAGAAAGUUAUCCAAGCUGCUGAUAGUCAUUGAAUUUUGGUGAUUUCAUGCCCUCUCAGACAGAAUGUACAUUUCUUAUUCGUGAAGACUGAUAGAUGAUCGGAUAAUACUUUGUUUUUUGUAAUUUUCUAAUUCAAGAAAGAUGCGCUUACAUUAGUUCGAAGAUAUGCCAACUGAUCCAAAGGAUAUUUUGAAGUUUAAACAUAAUUCAAGGGCUCAUUGAAAUAAGGACUAUAGAAGCCUUUUGAUUGAUAUUAAAUUCAUAAAUAUUGAUCAAAAAUACAAUUUAAAUUCUCAUGUCUGCAUAACCUGUGAAGUUUUUCGAAGAUUAUCAUCUCAACACCGAACUUCUUUGACUGAUGAUUAGUUUUAGAAAUGUUUAGUUUUAAGUAGAUCUUAAGUAGGUACCUCUUGUCUUUGAAAAAAGAGCCUUUUUACUAUUGAUUUUUUAGUUUUUUUCGCCUCAAAAAUUUUUACUCUGAUUAUUGUUCAAGGAACUUUAUUGUUUCCUAUUCUCAUCCCACAUUUCCCCAUUCCAAUACUUAUGUACAUAGGAAACUUGUCUUAAAGGCGCAUGAAAAGUCGUUUAGUUUCGUGUUUGUUCAAAGCAGCGGACACAUUACUUUAAGAAACAAUUGCUCUCUUCUUAAUACAGGUUUAUUACUAAACUCUACUCAGUUAUAACGAGGUGGCCCUCCAACCUUCCAGAGAAAAACAAUUGAGACACUGAGUCUCUCAUUGUUAGGUAUUAAAAUUUUACUAGUUUUUCUUUUACUUUAAAACCAAGGCUCUUUUUUAUAAGCUUAUGUUUCUGUAUGGCUGUGUUGAAUGAGUGUGAUCUCUGCCUUUUUUAGUGUCAAACCAUAUUACGUAUAGGCAAAAGUCUUUUUAAGUUCUUAAUUAAUUCUAAUUUUAAAAUCUUAAGAUGUCAAGAAGCCAAUUAGGGGUAGAAAGUCAACGCAACCUCAUUCCAAUAACCAUUAAACUUUCAGUGAUAGUAAAUACAGCACCUCUAGCAUUCAAGCAGAUAGCGUUAGUGUCAAUGUCAUAAUGCUCCAUACACUUUUGCCGAUAACUUGUUUGGUUUACAUGAAGCGCUUUGUUUUCAUAAUCACUGUAAGAAGCUGCCUUUCUUUCAAAAAUUCUGCUCCUGUGUCAAGCAGUAUAACCUUAAUUUUAGAGCUCAUGCUAAGUUAUUUGGUCAACUUGUUGAGCGUGCCAGUGAUGGAUCUUCCAUCUCACUCUGAAAGUCAACUUAUUCGGUGAGAACUUGAGGGAAUUUUUGGCUAUUUUAAUUUUGCCCACUAGGUAAGCUUGUGAGGUUUCCUAUGUUAAUUUAGUGAUUAAAGUAAAAUGUGAUGUCGAUGAAGGUGCUGAUUGAGACAGUAAAGAUAGAAUAUAGGUAAAUAUCUACUGUUUAACUACUUUACAAGUUUUUUUUUUUCUUUUUUAUUACUAAGUACCACAGUUAUGAAAAGUUCAUAGUCAGUAUAAUCGCUAUGAUGAGGCUGAAUAUAAAUUUCAUUAACUAUGAUAAAGAAAUGUUCGAGCAAAUAAGUAAGUGAAUUUCAUCAUGCUUUUGCUGCCAUUUUCACUUCCCAAGGGCCUCUUUACUUCGUCCACAGCAUGCUUGUUGGCUGGCUCCAUACAGAGCUACUUCGUGGCGUUGAGUAUGUAUUCACAAAGGGAAAAUUUCCGUCAGGAAUAUUUUCUGUCAUUAAAUGCAAUACACCUGAGGAAAAGUGAACUUAAGGAGAGCAACAAAACGAUGUAUUGGUUAAAAAAUAUUCAUUUUCAGGCUUUGAUUCUGAUGCAAGAACAUGGAGUUAAAAACUUGAGCUAUAAUUAGCGAUUUUAACGUUGUUAUAAGCGUUUAUAGUGUAGGAGGUCAAAACUGUUAACAGUGCUAGGACCCUAUCUCAACUUAGCUGGGUGACUGUUACUUGUAUAAAAUGCUCGCACGACAGCAAGAUUAUACUUUUAUUGUAUUAAAUAAAAAGGUUUAUUAAAGUCCACUACUCAAUAUUGAGGUCAUUAUAUGAGCAAGAAUCUGUUUUCAAUGGUAACAAAGCUAAAUUCUCUGGGUAAAAUUGUUUCUUAACUACAACUGCGUUUUUCUCGAAAUCAUGUUUUUUAGCUCUUACUUAGAAGUGCUCUAGGAAGGUCAAUUCUUUUUAGAUGAUUUCGAAUUAACGCCCUAAUGUGUCUUUAUAGUUACCUCAAAUAUUAUUUUUUUUAUUCAAAGUCUCCUUUUCCUCAGGUGCAUCAUAACUAAUAAUUGAGACAAUUACCUCCAGAAUAUAAAUAAAAGCUAGCUGAAACUCAAAUCUAACAGAUUUGUUUCACACUUGACACAAGAUUUCUCAUGAAAAUUGCCCAAAAAAAAGAUAAAUCAUGAUUUUAAUAUGCUGCGCACAUUUCUGGAAAUUACGAAUGUGAAUCUAAUUUUCAAUUCCCUAAGAAUCGUAUACAUCACUUAGUGACCGCUCAGCUAUCUUUAUUUACUCAGUCAGUGCCUCUCCUCUAGGAAAAUAAAAUUAUAUUGUCUGACCAUAAAGUGUCGGUAUUUGAGUAUUUACAUAAUUAAGUUGUGUUGUUGAAGACUAUUUUUUUACUAUGUUUCAUGAGGCAAAGUGAAUGGAACUCAUAAUUGAAAAAGUGUUGAUUUUGUCUUAUUUGAACUCGUUUGAGUGAUCUGAGUAAAUGAUGUAGUUUUUAGUGAGAAUAUUUGUCAUAAUAGUAAUUGCAGUGUCAAAAUUUGAAUGCAAACUGUGCCAUGGUCAGUAACUAAAUUGUAAUUAUGUCUCUCCCUCUCACCGAGUUUUACAUUGAUGUCUCAUAUCAUCUCUUUAAGAUAGUAGUUCAGCAGCACCAUAGAUUUAUCAUAAAUUCAAGUGAGACUGUAGGUAUUGUUUCCUAACAGGUUGAAACGUAAUCCAAAUAUUUUCUGUCUAUUUCUAAGGAAAA